AUGAGAAAGAUAAAUGCCCGUGAAGGCGCAAGUGUGGUAACAUACACAUCCGAGACAAUAGUGAAUGCAUCGCCGAAGGCAACAUCAACAAAAGGUCCAUCGAUGAUUGAGAGGCUUCAGCUUCGUGCACUUCAAGAAGAACGGGAAAAGCUGGACAGUUCGUCGACUGGCAAUCAUCGAUCACGAUAUGAAGUCAGAGAGCAAGAUUUAGUCUCAACAAACCGCAUUCGUUUGCAUGUAUAUGAUUUGAUUGUUGAAAGUGCUGUCGUUCCCCUAUUUGGUGUGUUUGAGUUACCAGUCGGUCAAAUUUUUAACACCCUAAACUCUGGACUACAUACACUCGGAACAGGAGCCUACCAUGUGGGUGUUGAGGUAAACGGAAUUGAAUAUGCCUUUGGAGCUAAUGAAUACGAAGGCAUCACUGGAGUCUUUACAUGUGCUCCGAUGACUGCUCCUGGAUUCCAAUAUAGAACCACCAUCGACUUUGGAGACAGAAAACCACUUUUCACGGGAGGCAGGAGGUCAAAGCAAAAUGCAAGGGGAAUCCUGCAAGGCAUGGCAAGUGAGUAUAUGGGGAAAGAGUAUGAUCUAUUGCGAAAAAAUUGCUGUACAUUUGCACAUGACGCUUGCGUCCGAUUAGGUAUUGAAGAUCAAGAAAUUCCAACCUGGUUUAGGAAUCUUGCAGAGGCAGGCAAAGUCACCCAAGAUGCUGCUACUUCGUUUACCUCGUUGUUUGAGCCAAGUGAUGAAGAGCUAAUGGCUAGCCAGCGGCGGAGAUAG